CAACAAUCAUCCUACAGGAGAUACUCAUCAUGGGAUGCAGGGGAGUGCAACGCGAUACUUAAAGGCGUCCUUUAUUUUGAUCCUGAUCCUCCAACCAGACUAACCAUCAGCUGUCAUAUGACUCACUCAACAGACUUCACUCUUCCUCAUGUCACCAACGUACCGAACGUCAACUAAUUGACCACCACUCCUUACCAGGAUCAAUCUACUUCGCCCUGUAAUGCGUGGCCGGUUCAUAUCCUUUUACACACAAACCUCGGCAUUCCAUUCAGUCUCCAGAAUGUCUUCGAAAUCACUCUCAUUAACUGGCCCUGAAGCUUUGUUUCGCCAAUGCCUUCUCGACUGUCGACAAGAAAUGCAACAUGUCCCCGGAAUGAAUGACCUUGUUCUGCGCUUUACAGGAGGAUGGGUCCGGGACAAAUUGCUGGGCGUACCAAGUCAUGAUAUCGACGUUGCGCUCAGCAGCAUGACUGGCUGGCAGUUUGGACAAGCCAUGCAAGACUUCAUGAAGGUCCAUGGUCCCAAUUACGAAAAGAAAGCCGCUGAAGAAGGGUUCAAAGCUCAACUCAAAGACAUCCACAAGAUUGCCGCUAAUCCAGAAAAAUCAAAACAUCUCGAGACCAUCACCACUCGAAUGUUUGGCAUCGACGUUGAUUUUGUCAACCUCCGCAAAGAAGUGUACCUCGAAGACAGCCGCAAUCCCCAGAUGGAAUUUGGAACGGCCGAAGAAGAUGCACUGAGAAGAGACGCUACUGUCAAUGCCCUUUUCUACAAUCUCGACACCCAGGCGGUUGAAGACUACACCGGACAAGGGCUAGAUGAUAUGGCAAGCAAGAUCAUUCGAACACCACUCGAGCCUUACCAAACAUUCAAAGAUGACCCGCUCCGCAUCUUGCGAUUAAUACGAUUCGCCUGUCGGCUGGAUUACCAGAUUGAAGAAUCUGCGAAAAAGUCCAUGGCCGACAAGACCAUUCACGAAGCACUAAAGCUCAAGAUCAGUAGGGAACGAGUCGGCGUUGAAAUCGACAAGAUAAUGCGCGGCCCAAAUCCUUUCACUGGCAUGGUGUACAUCAAUCAAUUUGACCUGUUCGAUACUGUAUUUGACAACCCACAAGGCACUGCUGAACCUCCGGACUCGAGCAUUGCAUUGGCCUCAUAUCAAACACUUCAGCGAAUUCUAGACGAGAAAUCGACCCUAUAUCAGCUGCUCAAGCCCCACAACGAUCCAAAAUUAAGCUGGCUUCUGGCAGCGUAUACCCCAUGGACUACAUCAUCGAUGCUAGCGUACGAAGCUUCUCGAGAAGGCAUCAAAGCUACAAACACCGAGAGCAAGGUCUUAAAAGACGCCAUAGACUUUCGCCCUUCUAUCCUGGAUACUAUGCGUUUGGUUGAACAAGGAACUGCAACACGGUCGGAUGUUGGCAUGACACUUCGCAAAUGCAAGGAUGCAUGGCGGUCGCAUAUCUUGUUUUCGAUGCUCUACGACGUUGCCACAAGUGACCAAGACCAUGGGUUUGCCACCAUUACUGACCGAUAUCAAAACUUCCUGCUGCACAUACAAGAGAGAUCACUCGAAGACGCCCCCAAACUCGCCCCGAUCCUGAAUGGCAAUCAGAUUAUGACUGCACUGGGAAACCCCAAGGCCGGUCCUUGGUUGACGCGGGCUAUCGAGGUUGUGGUGCGUUGGCAAUUUGAUGCCAGCGACCCUACAAAAGAACAGGCCGCUGAAAUGAUAGCAAGCAAAAGGGCCGAGUUUGGUCUCGAUUGAGGUACAGUCUAUAGUUUGGCCGACGCCAGCUUUUUCGCCCUCACCACAACAUCUCUUGCCUCCUGCCGAACGGCCAGAUCGGACAUGAUCUCCUCACUUCCUCCGCCAAUGACGUGGACUCCAACAUCACGGAUGAUCUGUUCAAUUCGUGCGCCUUUUCCGGUCUUGGUAUAUGCGGCUCCGCCCAUAAUCUGGCGGGCUUCGCGCGAAACCUGCUCCAAGCAGCGUGUGCUCAUGACUUUGAGCAAUGCAGUCAUUCCUCCAACAUUUACCUCUUUGCCCGUCUUGCGAGACGUCUCAAUGAUGUAACAGAGCUGUUCCAGGAAGGCAUGUGCGGGUUCAAUCAAAAGGCCAAAGGAUGCAAUCUUGGCUUUAAUGGGGCCGUGCUCAAUCAGCUUCUUGCCAAAUGUUUCUCGUUCGCAGGCAUAUUCGUAGGCAUCAGAGGCGCACACCCGGGAGAGGCGAAGAGCGGCAGUAGCCAGAGCGAGUCUUUCAGGGUUGAAGUUGGACAUGAUGAGCUGAAAGCCGUGGUUUUCCUUCCCGAUUAUAUUCUCAACAGGAACCUCGACAUCGUCGAAGCCGAUAAAGGUGGAACCUGGACAUGUUAGCAGGGGAGAAAAUUCAACGUUUCAAACAUACCACUAGCAUGAACACCCUGGUUCUCAAUUCUUCUCGUCAUGACGCCUUCUAAGUUCAGAGGAAUGACCAGUAGACUAAUGCCACCAUGCCCUGGACCACCUGUUCGAACAGCUGCGGUACAAUGAGUCGCCCAAAUGCCAUUGGUAAUCCACUUCUUUGACCCAUUGACACGAUAGACGUUUCCUACUCGCUCGGCGGUGGUCUUGAUGUUUGCAACAUCGCUUCCACCGUCGGGUUCUGUGAUGCCCAAGCAGAAACGAUAUUCACCUCUUGCAGUUUUGGGCAGCCACUUCUGUCUCUGCUCCUUGGUGCCAAAGCGACUAAUGGGAGGGCAUCCGAUACCAUUUCCUCCGCCCAACCCCCACAUCGGACCACACCAUCCCAAUCUGUUGAACUCGUCGCCAACGAUGACACCGCACCAUGUGUCCCAUUCAUCAAAUGGGAUGCCCGCGGGGUGUUGAAUUCCACCAGCAUCUGCUGGGUCCAUCACCGGG